AUGGUGGUGCGUUGGCACGCCUCAACCUGUACUGAUCCAGUCGUUUCAGUCAAAGACUCUGAAGUCUCUUGUCAAAAUUGUUCCGCGACAUAUCUGUUCAAUCAGCGAUCGGUGCCUCAAACAACAGCUGCAGGUCCUGCUAUCCCACAAGAUCGACCCUUGGGUAGACUCCGAUGGCCACCCUCAGUUCCAUACACAACAGAUGAAGAUCUCGACAUAUCGCAUAGCACAACCGCCACUAUUCCCGACACGGACAAGGCGCCAGUAUCUUCUGAACCAACCUCGGAAAAUACUGGGCAUUCCAGGAUAUACCGUCAACUGGAUGUUGGGCAAUUUCGUCUCAUAUGCUUGUACCCUGCCGAGAAUCAUGGCGAUCUGAUACACUUGGACCUAGAACAGUACAAUUUGGACGAUUGCCCAGAAUACGAAGCCACCUCUUACGCAUGGGGAGGAGAAGAUGGCGACAGCAAGCCCAGCGGUCCAAUUUUCAUUGGUAACUUUUAUGAUGUGGCCUUGCAAACCAAAAACUGCUUGUCAAUGUUGAAAUACCUGCGUCCCACUCGCGGGGUGCGCAUGGUCUGGAUUGACGCUAUAUGCAUUGAUCAGUCCAAUAUCCGCGAAAGGGAAGUGCAGGUUGCAGAAAUGCAAAACAUUUAUCGCAACGCCAGCCGUGUUGUGGUUUAUCUUGGCCCUGAUACUGUUUUACAACCCACCCAGCAGCACCGUCGUCGGUCGUGGUUGGACGAAUCCCAAGCAUUUGAAGACAAUGAUGACCGUACUUCCAAAAAGCUCAUGGACCACCGUUACUUUAGUCGAGUUUGGGUCAUACAAGAGCUUCUGCUGGCGAAAUCGCUGUUGAUUCCCUUGUACAGCUCUGAAUACUACGCCGACAGCGCGUGCAUCAAGCGACUGAGCAUCGAUUGGAACAGCACAACAGCGCCCUGGUUCGAACAUAUCGCGAGUGGGCGAAUAUUUUCUCGCAACGAAUUACAUUUGUUAUUGGAUCAGACAUGGAGCUCAGAGGCAACCGACCCACGAGACAAGUUGUUUGGAAUCUUGGGGCUUGUCGAUACGGCCGUUUGUGAUCAAGAACCGCGCUCAACGGCAGAUUCGUGCCGCAACGUGGAUUACUCGCUAUUGCCAGAUUACACGCUUUCUACGCGAGAAAUCUUUAUUGGCUUGGUAGCGUACGUCAUGAUCAUAUUAGAUCAACGGCACGCACUUGGACAUGCCGCUGGACUGAAAGCUGCACCAGGAUACCCAACUUGGUUACCAGACAUGCGGGAUCCAUUCAUUUGGCGUAGUCAAAUAGAUGCGGCGCAAAGAGACUACGACCAGUUGCAAGAUUGGUACAGAGUUAUGGGUCUAUGCUGCCAACAAGUUUGGUCAAUUACUUCGGACUUCCAGGGUGAUUUUGAUUGGUGGCGGAGUAAGAGUACCGACAACCAGUAUCAGCUUUGGAACACAACAAGUUUUGCGGAGUUGAGAGCAAUGAUGAGCCUGGGCAAUUCAACUAAUGAAUCCCUCUCUAUCCAUUCCUCCACGGCGGCCUUGUCAAUCAAGUUAAUUCGAAUCAUACAGCUUUCUUCAAGGCCUAGGAGGAUUGCAGACUUCGGAUCACUUCGUUUGUUCGAAUUUGUAAUGGCAAAACACUCUCUUCUCCUUUGCACUGACCUCAUAGAUUUGGACUUGUUGCUCGGCGAUAUCCCAAUCUGGAUAUUCAUGCGCGACACCGACGGUGCUAUUGGUCCAAUCUUAUUCUUUCUACGAGAAUCGCAGCAGAAAGUUCGGGGUGUAGCAUACGAGUUGGUAUGCUCUUGCCGCUGCUGGAAUCUGCUUAUCUUCCGCAGGCCGCAACUGCCCGUGAGUAGUGACGCAGCAGGCGCUGACCUCCCAGAAGGCAAGGGAGCAGAUGGCCAGUCCACGGGAACCCUCCUGAACGAUAACAUCCAAAUAAAACAUGCAGAGGACUGUUUCUAUGACUCUAGGCCAAUAUUGUCAUUGUCGAAUGGCUGGACGAUGCCUCUCCCAUACGAAACACUCUACUCUGCAGCGAGUAUAAUUAAGCUCGACUCACAACUGGACGAAGGCCUUUUGGGAGCAAUUCCAGAUGGAAAUCUUCGGGUCAAAGACAUAUUACCGCUCUUUCAACUUUUGACCGAUGCACCUUCACUAUACAAGAUCAACUACCAUCAGUUUGGGGAGCUCUAUGUCUCAAUAAUGAGUCAAUUUUCAACUAUACAUUGUUCUACGAAGUCACCCUGCGAUAUCGACUAUCGCCGACUGGGCGACGAGAAUCUGGCGAACAACAUUCCACAAGAUACUGAAAAUAUAUUUUUCACUUUUGAUGCCGCCAUGUGGGCAGAAUAUACGCGUAUACUGAGCAUUGGAAGACGGACUCGAAUGUACAACUUCGACGUGUUUGUAAAUCAAAAGGUCACCAAGGUUAUAGAAGUGAGCGCCGAGAGUUCUCCCGAAUGCUUCACCUUUGAAGGUCAUGAUAUUAUAUAUCGGAAGAGAGUUGGAGAGAAACCGAUGCGCAACUGGAUGGGAUGGAGUCUCCUGGGCGCGUACGGAAUCGAGCAGAAGAUUUAUAGCAGUGCCUCCGUGAAUGACCAAGCAACCGUAUACAUAUGCAUUCCGGUGAAGAGGAUCGCAACUCACAUGUUUCUACAUCAUCUAAGAAACCGGUUGUGUGACUUGACCAAGUUCCGGACCUUUACGGGACAGGAUGAAACCACAAUGGCACUCAAUUUCAAGGAGGAGUACCGGAAUAUCUUUGCGCACAAUUGGCCAGACUCUUUGAGGGAGGAAAUUGGAUUGAUCGGGGAACCUUGUCGGGUCCAAAUCUUGUAG